UUAUUAGAAAUUAAAAAAGUUAGCGUCGCGUCGUUUGGCAACAAAGUGAGUCUCCAGAUUCCACGAUUAUUGUUGGGACUAUUAGAACGGUUGAGUUAUGGAGCGUUUUACUGUAAUAGUACACAUAUGUAUAUGUUUAUUACAACUAACCAAUGAUGUAAUCUCCAAUAUUAUGCAGCCUGGGGAAUGUGACAUUGCCUUAGAGACUGGGAUGAUAGCCUGGGAAGACAACCUAGCUGGAUCUUACAUCAAUGUCACAUGGGGCUAUGAACACAACUGUAAUUCAGAGGUAACAUGCUUCGGGUUUAACAUGACUGUUGAUCAUGUGAUGAAUGUGCAACUAUCACCUGUUGAAAUUCAAGAGGGUAUGACUCUGAGGUUCAUACCAAGUGAAGUUACUCCGAGUCGUCGUCUGACCAUGCAGCCAUAUAAGGUUGAUGCUAUUGAUUUCAAUUCUUGCUCAACAGCUGCAGGUCAACCAGUUAUCUCAACUCCGACCUCCGAACCCUUUAUUGUCGAUCAGCAAUUUCUCUCUCCUGGCUCCAAUUUUUUUAUAGUGAAUUCAGGUGAAAUAUUCAACUGUCGUUAUGGUCUGCGUUUGAAUGUAACUAUAAAACCGAACAAAUGUCACUUCCCACACUCACUGGAGGGCAUGUAUUGUAUGGAUAAUGGUAUCUGUAUCACGCAUAAGACGGAGGGAACUUAUUCGUGUAAAUGUUGUGAGGGGUUCACAGGACCUCAUUGUGAUGAGUACGAUGGCUGUAUAAACCACAUGUGCGCUGAAGGCUCAACCUGCUUAGACAUUCAAGAAGGUUAUACAUCGUAUGGGUACCUCUGCCAGUGUCCGCCUGGAAAGAGUGGCAUCUACUGUGAAGUAGAUGUCGACGAAUGCGCCAGUGAUCCCUGCCAGCAUGGUGUCUGUGUCGAUGAAUUAAAUGGCUAUCAGUGCUACUGUAUACCAGGGUAUACUGGUAACAACUGUGAGAUAGAGUACAACGAGUGUAUAUCCAGCCCUUGUCUCAACGAAGGCUUCUGUAUCGAUAGGCUUGAUGGGUAUGAGUGUGAUUGCGGCAUAGGCUACAUAGGUGAGCACUGUGAAGGCAAGGUGGACCUCUGUGCAGCCGAUCCGUGUCGCAAUGCUACAGUGUGUGUCGAUUAUGGAAACUUCUUUAAGUGUGAAUGUGCCGCAGGCUUUAGAGGUUCACACUGUGAAAUCAACAUUAAUGAAUGCGAGUCCAAUCCGUGCGUCAACGGAGGGCGCUGUCGGGAUGAAAUUAACAGUUUCACAUGUGUUUGUGAAGGAGGAUGGGAAGGCAUACAUUGUGAAACUGAAUUUGACAAGAGCACACCGGUUGAGGUAGCCCAGCAUGCUACAGUCUCCACAAUCGUUAUAUGCUUCACAGUCAUUGUGGUUGCUCUCAUUCUUGUGAUUGUUGUCGUAGUCUGGAGAUACCCAAGAAUUAAAAGUUUCAUGAAAUAUAAGACUGCUAAGGUCGAUGUAGAUAACAGUGAACCUCCGAUGCCUCUGCAAAGCAUUAGCAGCAAGUGUCGUUCACGGGCAACUGUCCUUGCUACUUACCAGACUUCAAGAGUAGAUUUUGUUCUUGAUCCAAAUGAACCACUUUUUCACUCAUUUAAGCCAAAGAAAAUCUAACAGCUGUAAGGGAGGGAAGGAUUAACAAGGGGCAUGCACUCCCAGCUCUUCUUGUAUCCUCCGCUGUUCAUUGAAAAAUCAUUAUUUAUUUGUUUUUGUAUUCAUCAAAUCCCAUCAAUUUUAACGUGUUCUUACUUUUUAAUUGAAGAAAAAACUAUUGCAAAUACAGGUCUCUCUCCAAUAAAGACCAUUUUUGGGACUGGGUUUUCCAUGGUCUUUAGAAGUUUAGAUCUCUAAUUAUAAUAAUCAAAAUUUGUUAAUUUGGAACCAUAAAAAAGUUGAUUAAUUGGUUGAUUAAUUAAAAAAGUUUAAUUGGAGGAGUCUUUAACUAGAGGGAGACUUGUAUUACAUUUUGUUUUAUGAUGUAAGCUGGUUUUAUCUUUUUUUAUCUGUUUGUAAAUAUCAAAUCAUUUUACCAUUGAAGAGUAUUCCAUUCAUAUUCAUUCUCUUUUAUAUAGGACAGUUCAAUUCAUAAUUUACAGUAAUUUGCUUAUAAUAUCUUUCUGAAAAAGAUGAUCACAGUACACUAUAAAUAUUUCUACUGUCUUUCAGGAAAUUUUUUUUAUCUCCGUCCAUAAACUUCUGUCCAAUAUGAAUAUUUAUCAAGUGCAAUUAGAAGAUUUUUUUUUAUAUUGAAAGAACCAAAAAAAUCUUACAAAACAAAUGUUUGUAAAAAUAAUUUUUUUAAAUGACAGAUAAUUGCCCUUGGAUUUUCCUGUUAAAGUAUAUUUUCCUUAAAUUAGACUCUGGAGUAUACCAUCCAGGAUUUUGUAUGAAAUUUGUUACUUAAAACUACGAGUCACAUGA